CUUGCUUAAUAUACUCUUGCUUGCUAUUUCCUUUGUAAUUACAUUGUCCACCAUGGAUAUAAGCAGCGGUCCAUUUUUUAUUACAUCAACGGGACUUAUUGACAGUGUCGAUAAAAAGUUGAUGGUUGUUUUGCGUGAUGGACGAAAACUGAUUGGUAUAUUACGAUCGUUUGAUCAAUUCGCCAACCUGGUAUUGCAAGAUACAAUUGAAAGGAUAUAUGUCGGCAACUGUUACGGUGAUAUUCCCAGAGGCAUAUUUUUGAUCAGAGGCGAAAAUGUGGUGCUACUCGGCGAAAUUGAUGCGGAAAAGGAAGAAUGCGUCAACUUAAGGCAGGUGCCUGUGGAAGAGAUUCUGGUGGCACAACGGGAAGAAAUGGAAGCAAAGCAGCGUCUUGACAAGAUUCGCAGCAAGGCGCUUCACAAUGAAGGCUUCUGUGUGGACAAUGCUCAGAACGAUCUUUAUUAGGCAACAGGUGGCUUGUAUAGAAAAGCCCGAAAUUUUAAGCUGGACUCUUUUUUUUUUUUUUUUUUUUUG